CCUCGUUACUUCUUUCAGCUUGCGUCCUCAACUUCCUAAUUAACACCUUUUCUCUGAGUUCAAAAUCCCCUAACACAAUUCUAAAGUCUCCUAGAUCUGAGCUGAAAUUCUUAGAAAUUUCAGCUUUUAAAGAACUGGAUUCGUCCGAUCGUAAUUUAUGGGGUUAAUUUCACUCUAAUAUAAUCUGGUUGCGGUAUUUUUUUCUCCUUUUUUUGUAAUUUUGUGUGUUGUAAGAUCUGCGGAAGAAGCUGGUUGGAUGAAUUGACCGAGUUGGCGGAUUUCUUUUCGGUGUGAAGAGAUUGAUCUCCGAUUUUGAUUGCUUUGGAAAUACAUGGUUGAAGUUGGAUUUAAUUGGAAAAAUUUUGAAAAAGGAACCCUAGGGAAGAUGGGAAAAGAAAUUGACGAUGUCGAGGAAGGUGAAAUUUCGGAUUCGGGUUCGGAUUCAGUGGAGGAGAUCAGUGAGGAGGAUUUUAGGAAGAAGGAUGUGAGGAUCUUGAAUGAAAGGAAUUCGAAGCAAGAUUCCAAUUCGAGGGAUUGUCCUGUGCGUGAUCUGUGUAAGAAGUAUCCUUCAAUUUAUAGGGGAUAUCCAGCUUCUUCUGGUUUGUAUAGCCUUGCCUGGGCGUCAGCAGUGCGGAAUAAACCUCUCAAUGAGAUUUUUAAGUUGGGAGCUGAAAAGGACGACAACUCCACUGGGUCUUCCCGGGCGUCUUCUGUUGCGUCUUUUGUGGCUUCUGUAAAUAUCAAAGAGGACAAGAAUCGUUGUGGGAAUUCUGUGAAGGAAAUGAGCAAUGACAUGGAUGUCAAUGGUGAGAGGGAGGAAGGUGAGCUGGAGGAGGGUGAGAUUGAUUUGGAUUCUGAGCCGGUUGAGAUGGAGGUCGAAGAAGUCAAAGACAAGGGUUUGAGUAGUAGAAAUGAUAAUGUCUGUGACUCGGAGGUUGAUUUGGAGAAGAAAGUGAACUCUUUUAGAGGAAUACUGGAAGGCAUUACAGUAGCUGAAGCAGAGAAAUCAAUGGAGGAAGUUUGUUCCAGGUUGCAAAAUGCUUUGGAGAUGUUGCGAGAAUUGGUUUUGGAGAACAAUGUUUCCAGGAACGACUCUCUCAAUAAACUAGCAUUUGAAGCUGUUAAUUGUGUGUUUGUCUCCAUGAAACGUAAUUUGAAGGAACAGAAUAAUGAAAUCUUAUUAAGCAGGUUAUUUUCUGUUUUAAAGAGAAAUGAUCCUCCUCUAUUCUCCCAUUCCCAGUUGAAAGAGAUUGAAGUCAUGCUACUCUCACUGGAUUCCUCAGGUAGAGCUAGUGAUCAAGAGAAAGAUAUUAAGGUCAUUGAUGAGAUGCAUAAAAGGGUUUCUAAUGCUUUAGUUGAAAAUGAUGGUUGUGAUUUGACUUCCACGAAUAAGUUGCCUUUAUCUGCUGAAUCCUUGGCUCAUAAUAAGCCAAACACGUUGUUACAAACUUCUAAACUGGUAAUUUCUAGUUUUAGGAAUAGAGCUUCUCUACUUCCCCUGCUAGACCUUCACAAGGACCAUGAUGCAGACAGCCUUCCAUCACCCACACAAGAAAGAACCCUGGCUUUACCUAUACUAAAACCGUUGAAUGUUGGAGAUAUGAUGAUUAAACCUGGAUCUUUUCAAAGUAAGGCUGCAAAUGUUGCAGAAAAAACUAGACUGCACCCUUAUGAAACUGAUGCCUUCAAGGCUUUUUCUUCCUAUCAACAAAAAUUUGGUCUCCGCUCAUUAUUUUCCACAGAUAGACUUCCAAGCCCCACCCCUUCUGAAGAAUCUGGUGAUGCAGGUGGUGAUAUUGGUGGUGAAGUUUCAAGUUCCGCCAAAAUUGGUGACUUUAAAUUGAAUCCACCUGCUUCAGGGCAGCCAAUUGUUUCCUCACCUCUCCACACAGAUGCUAUCAGCUCUGGCAUGCAAGUAGUGGCUGCAUCUAUAACUGCUGCACCAGUUAUUUCUGGAUCUAAUCCAGCAGUGAAAGUGUCAGCAAAAAGCAGAGACCCUAGGCUUAGGUUUGCCAAUUCUGAUGUGGGUGCUUUGGAUUUGAACCAAAGGUCCUCACAAAAUACACCUAAAGUGGAACCUGUGGGAGGGAAAAUGAGCUCAAGAAAGAAAAAGAGUAUUGAGGAGCCCAUUUUGGACAGUCCUGCACUGAAAAGGCAAAGGAAUGAGGUAGAAAGUUGUGGGGUCGUUAGGGAUUUUUAUACAGUGUCUGGAACUGGUGGCUGGUUGGAGGAAACUGAUGUUGGAUAUCAAGUUACGAAUACAGACCAAAGGGUAGAGAAUGCGGAUCCCAAUUUUAGGAGAAUGGAUGACAGAGUAACCUGCUCUGUAACUGUUAGUCCCAAUUCUAAUGUGGCUGUUGGAGGAAAUGAGCAGGUGCAGCUACCAGUGACAAGCACUGGUACUCCUGCUACACUACCUCUUUUACUGAAAGAUUUGGCUGUAAAUCCAACCAUGCUCAUAAAUUUACUACUAGAGCAGCAGCAGAGAUUAGCAUCUGAAUCUCACUCGAAAUCUACCAGACCUGUAACUAGUUCUCAUCCAAGUUCCACCAAUUCAAUACUAGCAGUAGCUCCAAUUGUGAAUGCUGCCUCCUCAGAUCCCUCAGGGAAUUUGCCAAAAUCAGCAGGAACUCUUCAGGAUGACUCUGAAAAAAUUCGAAUGAAACCUCGUGAUCCUCGCCGUGUCCUCCAUGGAAUUACACUUCAAAAGAGUGUCAGCUCGGGGCCUGAGCAAUUUAGAACAAAUGGACCCCCUACAUCAAACACUCAGGGGAGCAAGGAGAGUCUGAUUUCACAAAAGCUUGAGGGCCAUGUGGAAUCUAAGCCAAUGCAAUCUCUGUCCAUUCCACAACCAGAUAUUGCUCAACAAUUUACCGAUAAUCUCAAAAACAUUGCUGAUAUUAUGUCUGUCUCAAGAGCAUUGACAAGUCCCAUGUCUCAGCCUUUAUUAUCUCAACCGAUGCAAAUCAAGUCAGAUAGGGUGGAUAUGAAACCUGUAGUAGCUUCAAGUUCUGAGGAUCAGCAAACCAUGACUGUUUCAGCCCCUGCAGUAAUUGCAACUGGUCCUCAACCACAGAACACGUGGGUAGAUGUUGCACAUCUUUUUGAAGGAUAUGAUGAUCAGCAAAAAGCUGCAAUCCAGAGAGAAAGGGCAAGGAGGAUUGAAGAACAGAAGAAAAUGUUUUCUGCACGCAAGCUCUGUCUUGUCUUGGAUCUGGAUCAUACACUUCUUAAUUCAGCAAAAUUUGUCGAGGUAGAGCCAGUGCAUGAGGAGAUCUUGAGAAAAAAAGAGGAACUAGAUCGUGAAAAACCACAGAGGCAUCUUUUCCGCUUUCCUCAUAUGGGAAUGUGGACAAAACUGCGACCUGGAAUCUGGAAUUUCUUAGAGAAGGCCAGUAAACUAUUUGAAUUGCAUCUUUACACAAUGGGGAACAGGGUAUAUGCCACGGAGAUGGCAAAAGUGCUAGAUCCAAAAGGAACUUUGUUUGCUGGACGAGUUAUGUCUAGGGGUGAUGAUGGAGAUCUUAUUGAUGGUGAUGAGAAGGUUCCCAAGAGUAAGGAUCUAGAAGGGGUACUGGGUAUGGAAUCGGCUGUUGUUAUCAUAGAUGAUUCUGUGAGAGUCUGGCCACAUCACAAAUUAAACUUGAUUGUUGUAGAAAGGUAUACAUAUUUUCCAUGUAGUAGGCGCCAAUUUGGACUUCCCGGUCCUUCUCUUCUUGAGAUUGACCAUGAUGAGAGAACAGAAGAUGGGACAUUGGCAUCUUCUCUGGCGGUCAUUGAAAGAAUACAUCAGCAGUUUUUCUCCCAUCAUAAUUUAGAUGAUGUGGAUGUUAGGAAUAUCUUAGCUAAUGAGCAACAGAAGAUUUUGUCUGGUUGUCGAAUAGUAUUUAGCAGGAUAUUUCCUGUUGGUGAAGCCAACCCUCACCUACAUCCAUUAUGGCAGACAGCUGAACAGUUUGGAGCUGUCUGCACAACUCAGAUAGAUGAACAAGUCACACAUGUUGUGGCCAAUUCCCUUGGAACUGACAAGGUAAAUUGGGCUCGAUCGAAAGGCAGAUUUGUUGUCCAUCCUGGCUGGGUUGAAGCAUCGACAUUGCUCUAUCGAAGGGCACAUGAACAAGACUUUGCCAUUAAAUGACAAAAUCAUGAUCCUAAGCCCCCUUUAUUUUUCGGUAAAAACCAUACCUGAAAAAAUCUGUGUAUCACCUUGCAGUUCCAGAUGGAGCCGUCAGGUCAUGUUGGGUAGGUGGUUGAGGUUAGACCGGAUUUCUUUUCCAUCAAUUUGUCAUCAAUAUGCUGGAGAAGAGUUCCAAUGACCUUAUCUGGUCAAAUGCUUAGGAAGACUGUCUUUGCAUGGA